UCAAUAGCCAGAGCCGGAAGUUACGGGAAGCGCCGUGCAAGAUGGCGAACCGAACCGUGAAAGACGCGCACAGUGUGCACGGCACCAACCCGCAGUACCUGGUGGAGAAGAUUAUACGGACCCGCAUCUAUGAGUCCAAGUACUGGAAGGAGGAAUGCUUCGGCCUUACUGCUGAGCUGGUGGUGGACAAGGCCAUGGAGCUAAAAUUUAUCGGAGGAGUUUUUGGAGGGAACAUAAAGCCUACGCCCUUCCUGUGUCUGGCCUUGAAAAUGUUGCAGAUCCAGCCGGAGAAGGACAUCAUUGUGGAGUUCAUCAAGAAUGAAGACUUCAAGUAUGUGCGUGCAUUGGGCGCUCUGUACAUGCGUCUGACUGGUACCGCCAGUGACUGCUACAAAUAUCUGGAACCACUGUACAACGAUUACCGCAAAAUCAAGACUCAAAACCGCAAUGGAGAAUUCGAGCUGAUGCAUGUAGAUGAAUUCAUCGAUGAGCUGCUCCACAGUGAACGAGUCUGUGAUGUCAUAUUACCUCGUCUACAGAAACGCUAUGUGCUUGAGGAAACAGAGCAGCUGGAUCCUCGAGUGAGCGCUUUGGAAGAAGACAUGGAUGAUGUGGAGUCUAGUGAGGAAGAGGAGGAUGAUGAGGAUAAGGGCAGAGAUCCUACUCCAGACCAUCACAGACGAAGCUACAGAGACUUAGACAGACCGCGCAGAUCUCCCUCGCCUCGCUACAGGAGGAGCCGCAGUCGUUCUCCAAGAAGGAGAAGCCGUUCCCCUAAGAGAAGAAGUCCUUCACCACCCCGCAGAGAAAGACACCGCAGCAAGAGUCCAAGGAGACACCGCAGCAGAUCCAGAGAAAGACGCCAUCGAUCAAAAUCUAAAUCUCCAGGGCAUCAUCGAAGUCACAGACACAGAAGCCACUCAAAAUCUCCAGAGAGGUCAAAGAAGAGUCACAAAAAGAGCAGACGUGGGAACGAGUGACAGGCGAAUAUUGGAGGCGAUUUUCCAGGACAUUUUGUAUAUAAUAUUUCAUCAUGGCAGCAUGUAAAACCUUGUCAUCUGUUCAGUCACUUGUUUUGUUUAGACUUUUUAAUAAAGUAAAAUUUCGUUU